AUGAAAAAACAAACGAUAGCAUGGCCUUAUGGCAACAACAAAAACAAAGUUCGAACAUGGCUGUCUUGUGUAAUAGCAGUCACAGGGGCUCUACUUCUUACCGCUUGUGUUUAUUACUCUAGAAGCAGUGAUGAUUAUUUAUCCAGUCACACAUUUUACGACGAUCCGAAUUUGAGCUAUUCCAUCGGAGAUGAGACCGAAAACUGGGACGAAAAACGAGCUCAGUGGCUGAACCUUCAUCCUUCGUUUGUCACGGCAAAUCGUGUCCUGUUGUUGACAGGAUCACAACCCUCACCCUGCGAAAGUGUCAUUGGUGAUUACUUUCUUCUAAGGCUUUUCAAAAAUAAAGUUGAUUAUUCUCGAAUUCAUGGCUACGAUAUUUUCUACAAUAAUGCCUUCCUUCACCCCAAGUUGGACCAACAUUGGGCUAAACCAGCUGCGAUUCGUGCCGCGAUGUUAGCCCAUCCGGAAGCCGAGUGGAUUUGGUGGGUGGACGUGGAUGCUGUCAUAACGAACAUGGAGUUUACGAUUCCCCUGGAGAAGUACAAGAAUCACAAUAUUGUUCUCGACGGGUUGCCUGAUGAAAUUUUCGGAAAACGUAGUUGGCUCGGGAUUAAUUCUGGUGUGGUACUAUUCAGGAACUGCCAAUGGACCAUGGAGUUUCUGAACGCGUGGGCUGCGAUGGGUCCAAUGACCCCGGAUUCCGAUAGCUGGGGCAAGAUUUUCCAAUCGACCUUCACGGAUAAAACGGAUUCAAAAUCAACAGACCAGUCGGCUAUAGGUUAUAUGUUGUUGAAACAGUAUGAUAAAUGGGGCAGCAAGAUUCACCUGGAGCAUGAGUAUUGUUUCCAAUGUUAUUGGGGGAUGGCUGUUGAUUGGUUUCCAAAUGCGACCAAAACUUACGCGACUAUUGAGAAGAGCGCAAGUGAACUGAGGAGGAGGCACGCAGAGUUGGAGACGCAGAGUUAUGGCGAAUUGAGAGAAAAAUAUUUGAAGGAAGGUGGCUAUGAGAAAAAAACAGGGAGAAGGCCAUUCAUCACACAUUUUACGGGGUGUUCGCCGUGCAAGGGAAAUCAUAAUCCGAUUUAUGAUGGAAAUUCGUGCAGGGAGGGGAUAGAAAAGGCUCUUAAUUUCGCGGAUAAUCAAGUUCUUCGAAAUUUUGGGUUUGUGCGUCCAGACUUCUUGAGUGCUUCCUCGCCGGUUUCUCCUAUAUAA